UGUCAAUGCGCGUAAUAUAAAAUGAAUCUCUAAAAUCCCAAUUCAGUUAUUAUUUGUAGCUGUAUGACUUCUCAAAUCUAUCCAUAAAUUAGUUUUCCUUUGUUGUUCGGGCGCUGGACAAUGGACGGUCAAAAAGCAGCUGGUUCUGUGUUUAUGUGUCGGCUCUGCAACCUCUUCUCUCCCAGUCGCGCCCAGCUACUGGUCCAUUGCUCCACGCUGCACACCAAGCAGGAGCCUCCUGAUGACAUCAUCAUUUCUCUGUUACCUCUUGCAGGAGAGCCCGUGGAGACGUUGGCAGAGAGCCCAGUGAAGCGAAAACGAGGACGACCGAAAGGCUCGAAGAAGAAGACUUGCAAGGCCGACUCUACCCAGUCUAAUGUUCAAAGAGAAGAAGAAAGGAAUACAGAGAUGGGAGAAAAACAAUAUCGCGCAGCACAAGGAGAAAGCCAUGACGGGAUAGUGGGGCUCGAAUGUAGAGACUGCCAUCGCUCGUUCAGCAACAGACGACAGAUCUGCAAACACAUCUGCCUGAGAGAAGAGGAAGAGGAGGAGGAAGACGAGGAUGGAGAGGAGACUGGAAGCAACUGUGGGGGAACAGGAAUCGAGGGUUCUGGGAGUCUGGAUCCAAACCAAACGCAACAAAAACCUGUAAAACCAGGACUCGUGAGAGAAAAAGAUGUGAGCAGCUCCAGACACACGAGAACCAAUCGGAGCCGCACCUCCAAAGAAGGAGGCCGAGCAACGGGAAACAAAAGGUCGGUCAUCAGUGUUGUUCUAACGGAAGAUGAAACACUCCCAGGUGUUUCUGUAAUGGUUCCAGUAGAGGACAUUUCAGCAGAGUCUUCGGCCAUCCGACCUCAGUCUGCAGUUUUCCAGAGUCGGUCACAAGACCUUGCAAGUGAAGCCACUUCCUGUGAGGGGAACCCGAAAACAAAUCAGGAGCCAAGCAGUGGGAUCCCUUUGUCAACAACAACAACCACAAUAACAGCAGCAGUCAGCAGAGGCUUCCAGGAAUAUUCCAUAAAGCAAGAUGCUCCAAAUUUACUACAGAGCCAGUUGAAGAUCUUUUCCUGUGAGUUCUGUAACAAGAUCUUUAAAUUCCGACACUCUCUGAUGGCCCACCUCCGGACACACACCCAGGAGAAACCGUUCCAGUGUCCACACUGUGAAUACGCAUCAGCCAUUAAAGCCAACCUGAAUGUUCACCUGAGGAAGCACACAGGAGAGAAGUUCAGCUGCCAGCACUGCCCUUUCAACUGCCUCAGCCCAGGACACCUCAAGGUCCACAUCGAGCGAGUCCAUAUGAAGGUGAAGCAGCACUGCAGCUUCUGUGAGAAAAAAUACUCCGAUGUAAAGAACUUACUGAAACACAUGGAGAAGCGGCAUAACCUGAAAGACCCUGCUGUCCACCAGAGUUACCAACAACUAAGGUUGAAGACCCGUCAGGGCCUCAGACAGCUCCUCUACCACUGUCCCACCUGUAAGCGGCGCUUUAAGAACCAGCUGGAGCGGGAGCGUCACCUGUUGGUCCACGGACCCCAACGACCCUUCGUCUGCCUAAUCUGUGAUCAUGCUGCAACAAAGAUGGCCACCCUCACUGCUCAUGUCAGGAAGCACCUCUUCCUAUACAUGUGCUGUGUGUGUGACGGGACGUUUGUCAGCUCUCAUAGACUGAGGAGCCACUUGAAAGAGUCUCACCAGGAGCUUGACCAGGAGCAGGCCUUCACUGACUGUAUCAACAACAGCUACUAUCUGAUACAGCCCGGAGGAGGCAUGUGGGGGGAGGGGGAGAGGGAGGAUACAGAGACGGGGAUGAAGGGAGAUCCAAGGAUGGAGCAGGAGGGGGAAGCAGAGAGCAUGAGGGAGGAGGAUGGACAAAAUGGUGUCGGAGGGGAGGAGUGCCGAGAUGGGGAAGUGGAGCAGCCGAAAGUAGCAACAGGCGAAGAUAAGGAGCAAGAGGAAGAACAAGCCAAAUCUCCGGGUGAAGGAGCAGAAGAUGUGCGGAGGAAAGAAGGAGAAUUAGAAAACGGAAGUGCACAGCAUGAUUCCCAAGAUGGGCUCCAUCAAGCUAUUUCUAGAGAAACGACAACUCCCUCUGACGGAAUGGAUGAAGCAACCGCUGCGGAAAAGCCACAGGACAACACGGCGGACACCUGCUCCCCGGCAGUUGGAGAGGACUCGCACACUUUUGUAUCGGCAGAGAGAAGUCACACCCCUGUGUUGGAGGUCAGGACUCAAGGAAACGCACACGCAGCCGAUGAGAACACACAAACUCCUUUGGCGUCGGUACCUUCAGGGGAAGACCCUCAAUCUCCACAUUUAGAAAGUGUGUCGGAGGUUUUGCAUCAGAGUGCGUUUCAGCAGGUGAUCUCAACGCUUCAGAAGACUCGGCUCGACACGGAGUCUUUCCAGCGGCUCAGGAAAAUGUACGGAGACCUGGAAUGUCAAUACUGUGGGAAACUGUUCUGGUACAAAGUCCACUAUAACGUCCAUGUCCGCACACACACCAAGGAGCACUCGCACUACUGUUCAAAGUGUAGCUACUCGUCCAUCACCAAGAGCUCGUUGAAGCGACACCAGAUCCAGAAGCACAGCGGUUUGCUGCUGCCUUGUUCCAACCCGGGCUGUAAAUACACCACACCCGACAAAUACAAACUUCAGGCCCAUUUGAGGACACACCAGGAACAGAGGAAGAGUGUGAUGUGUCCUGUCUGCCAGCACAGCUGCCCAGAGCACAGGCUAAAGCACCACAUCAAAACAUCCCACCCUGACACACUGCCUCCGCAGGGUAAAGGACUGAUGGUGCAACGGGCAGAGAAGUGCCCCUACUGUGACUCCUACUUCUUAAAGAACAGCAGUGACUUCCAGCGGCACAUCUGGGCCCACCAAGGUUUGAAGCCGUACGUCUGCAGCGUGUGUGACUACGCCGGCCGCAGUCGGAGUAACCUGAAGACCCACAUGAACCGACACAACACGGAGAGACUUUACCUCUGUGAUCUGUGUGGGAAGAAGUUCAAAUCUAAGGUCACCCUCAAAAGCCACAGACUAAGCCACUCUGAAGAAGGGAAGCGGUUUCAAUGUUCAGAGUGUGACUUCACCUCAGUGUCCAAACCGUCCCUACUCAGACACAUGGAGCAACAUGCUGAGUUUAAGCCGUUCCGCUGUGCUCACUGCCACUACUCCUGUAACAUCGCCGGCCCCCUGAAGCGACACUACAACAUGAAACACCCGGAUCAGAAAUAUCAGAAUGCCGGACCUGGAGUGCCAAACCCCGAUGUUCUGAAGCAGCAAGGUGGUAUGAAGUGUCCUGAAUGUGAGUUUGUGUAUGGCACCAAGUGGGAGCUGAACCGCCACCUGAAGAGCAAGCACAGUCUGAAAGUAGUGGAAGGCACAUGGGAGGUGGGGGAGACGGUAGAGACGGUAGAGACCCAGUUCGUGCCGGUGGAGGAUGAAGAGCAGCUGGCAGAAGUAUCUGUAGCAUCGCUGCAGGACAACGUUGAUAUCCAGCAAAUCACUGAAUUCAGUUCAGAGACUCUCGACGCCGUCACCUCGAUGGUCGCCAUGGCUCCCGGCACAGUUACUGUUGUGCAACAGUUGCAGGUGGCUGACGAAGAGGAGGUCGGCGAGUGCACAAACCAGCUGAUGGUGGUGAACGCGGACGGGGAUCUGAGUGGUAACCAGGUGAUGGUGGUGGAGGACGCACACGGCCUGGAGGCUCUGACAGUCCUCACUCAGGGAGAUAACACUCACCACUAUAUCGUCUACGUCCAGGAACACACAGUAGAAAUAAACUAGCGAUGCUAGCGACAUCUGCUGAGUCAUUAGUGUCAGCAGAUCCGUUUACAAAAGUGAAGUAACAUGAAUUGUACCAAUGGUCAUUCAGGAUUCAGUGAAUGCUUCCAUCUCAUCAUUGUGAAUUUCCUUCAUCGGUUUUAUUUUUUAUUCACUUAAUCAUUUUGCUUGUUUUGUUUAAUAAUUGUUUGUGUGAUUAUGUGUCGUAUUUUGUACUUCCAAAGUAUAUUUGAUUAAACUCUUGCCUUGAA